AUGUCUGAACUGCGGUCUAGUAGCAGUCAAGUUCCUGAAAAUUUCUCUCCAAACAUAUCUUCAAGAACUCGUGCAAAGCAGCGCUCUCAGGCUCUGCGAGUGCAAAAUGCAGCCUAUCUACUAGAGACUUGGAGAUGUCGAACCACAUGCGUGCAGGCUGAAUGUUUCUAUGAUGGCAUGGCAGACUCCCAGGCAAUCGAAGGAUUCUCCACACAACCGCAGCAGUUCCAGGAGCUCGAGAAAGUCAAGUUCAGGAUAUCACUACACACCAUGGAUAGCAACCAAAGUGUGACCUGUGUGGACCAGUCAUACUCCGAAUCGGAUUGUCGCCUAGACAUCUUCGACCGCAUCAAGGCUACAAUGGAUGUUCCAACCACGUAUGAACACUUGGCCUGGCGUUUAUCUGUUGCCCACCACAAGGACCCACCCCAUCACCUUCUGACAUCAUAUGAUAUAGAUGAUGCGUUCAAAGCGGUGCGAACAGAACAGGGCUCUGGCAGGCGGAAGAAGAAAGUUGUGAUUGAAAUUAUCAACACCAUGCCUACACUGAAAGAAAGGCCGGUGAAACGCAGCCCCGAAUCUUCUGCGGCAGACGAGCAGAGCCUGAAGACAACAAGGGAAUACCCGAUCAUGAGGCCCCAGCCACUCAAAAGGACAUAUGCCCUUUACAUGGAAAGUGAUGAAGAAUCUAGCGAUGACAAACCACCGCAAAUCAUCAAGGACUUCCUUACCAGUGUCCAUUCUCGCUAUCCUGCAAUGAACCUCUUACAAUACGCCAGUAAACUGAAGGAUCGUGGCAUAUUGUAUUUGCCAACCACAGCUGGGUUUGAUGUUGGAUUCUACCAGAACAAGGUCGCUCACCAGGUUAUUGGCGUUGCAUGGGUGUUGGAAUGCAAGAAAUGUGGGGACAAGGGAGGCUGUUUGAGCGAUGAGAUGGGCUUAGGGAAGACGGUGCAGAUAAUAUCAGUGGUCGUCGCCAACCCCUCCAAUGACCCUAUAUGCAAGACGAACCUUAUCGUUGCUCUGUUGGCCUUACUGGACCAAGGGAAGCUUGAGAUCGAGAUGAAGAUCACCAACAAUUUGAAGUGUCUAGAUUACCAUGGCUCCAACAAACCUCGCAAGAAGACUGACUUGAUGAAAUACGACAUUGUAUUAACUACUUAUCAUACUCUUGCACUGGAAUGGCCAGAUGUGGAGGUGGAAGAAAAAGCCAAGCAGAACGGCUUUGAACAUCCCACUAAAAAGGCUCAGGAGCAGCUGCUCGUUUCGCGUACCGGUGUUAAUUGUGUUGAUCCGAACCACGUCAAAACUCAUGAAGACUAA